AUGUCUUUCUUGCGUAACAUAAACAAGGUCGAGGAGUUUAAUGAUGAUGCUGGAGCCGAUAUUGGCGAUUUAACGGGAAGCGCUAAUCUAUCGUUUGACGACAUAAAACACAUUAGAAAUGAAGGAAUAUAUAAUUCAAAUAGCAAUUUGGACACUGCACCCAUCAUUCCCACUUUAGGAACUUUUGGAAGAGUAGCUCCAGUGAACAUUAAUGGCAAGCUCAGUAAUGUACAGUAUAGGAAGCAAAUGAACCAACAAAAGAAGAUGGCCCUUCUCAACGGUGCCAGAGCAAAUUCGUUGGCCGCGGGUGGAAACCCGAUGCAAGAGGGUCCCCGAGCCAACUCUAUGGCCGCGGGAAUGAACCCGAUGCAUGAUGGAAUGAGAACAAACACGAUGGCUGGGAGCUAUUCUAUGAUGUCUGAUCAGAGGUACCAGUUCUCUCAACAACAAAUGGGUUCUGACCCUCGGUCUAUGUCAAUGACAUCACAACGAGGAAAUCUAAUGAGGUCACAACAGCAACAAUUUUCAAUGAGACCGCAGCAACAAUAUCCACCUCAGCAAGGACAACCAUUUGAUCAGGGUGCUCGCUCAAUGUCUUUAAUGGGCGGAGGAAUGCCUGGCUACGGCCAGAACUACCCCAGGACGAAAUCAUUAGGAGGAUCGAGACCAUUUAUGGGUCCACAAGGGGGUCAGGGCCCUCAGGGACCUCAGGGUUACCAGGGCCCCCCUCUCAGAAGCAAGAACUUGGUUAUGUCAAACCCGCAACCACAAAUAUCACAGGGUCCUCCUUUUAGAAAUCAAAUGCCGAUAAACCUGCAACUGCAGUUUUAUCAAGAGCAAGAUUUGAGAAGCAACGGUCAGUACCAACCAGGUCCUGGGUACGCAGGUGCAGCUACAACUAACAACCCAGAGUCAAACUAUGCACCAAAUGGACCACAACCAAGAACAUAUACAGAGCACACAACGCAGUACUUGCCCCAAACACGCGCAGGAAACCAGCCAUAUUCCCAACAGUUACAGCAACCCUCCCAAUUUCAAAACCACCCAAAUAAUCCUCCAAACCUAAGCCGCAAUGAACAACUUCAACCUAAUCAACAAGAACAGAUUGUACAAGACCCGAGCGUCCAGGGUUCUAUUAAACAGAACUCGACAGAGGCUUUAGGUGAAGUCAUUGAAGAAGAAGAAGAUAAUCAGAACCCUGUUCAAAAUGAAGAUACAGAUGAAGAUGUUAUCUACAAGUUUGGCGAAGAGGACAGUAAAGGCAUACAGUUGUCACGGAAGUCUACUUUGAAAAAGCACAAUUCCAUGAGGGUUCGUAAAUUGAACCUAUUUAACGAUGGCGAGCCCAAUGACUACCAGGAAGGGAAAGAUGUGCAGCCCAACUCAUCACACCAGCAAUUGGAACCUGUUGCUUCUAAAGAAUCAUUGGCAACUACAGGAAAUAAGGAAGUACCUUCAGUCGCGCCUCCGGAAAAAGAGGUCGAAUCAAGGAAUAUCAACGCACCACUAGGUUCAGAUUCUCGAUCCAUUAUUCUGGAUAUCAGGAAACCUCUGGAAUCACAAUCACUCCACAGCAUUGUCGCCAAUACUGCUUUUAACAACUUCAGGUCAGCAUCAAGUGGUACACCCCAGUUUUCCAACCCGCAGUUAUUCGAAGCAAGGACGCAGUCACCUAGUUCUUUUUACGAAGCGAGCGAGUCGCCUGUAGCUAAUAAUUUCGAUAGCGAGAGCGAGUUUGGUAAAGCUCGUCAAAAUGAUAAUGGUGAAAUCACUCCGUCAACUGCACCAGCGUCUCAUGCCUCGCAUUCGGCAGAUGGUGCAUACGAUGGCAAAUUUGAUAAUUACUCCAAUAUCACAGAACCAAUCCAGGACGUGUCGGAGAGCGAAAACAAAGGAAGAUAUAGUCCUGUGCGUGAUAAUGUACCAGAGGUUCCUAUAAAGAGCAGGACAUUUACUGAUGACACAGAGAAGCCACCGUUCAACCAAGCUGGAGGAUCACUGAACUCAAUUCCGCGCUCAUUUUCUUCAGCUUCACAUUCUAGUCAGCUGAGUAAAAAAGAAAAAAGGUCUUCAUUUUCUGGAAGAAACUUUUUGAAGCGCUUGUCAAGAUCAAAACGAUCGAGCGUCGUUGAACCUGAUAGAGAGCCGAAUGUUACGUCCCAUCAAAGAACUUUAUCUUCCAACACAAUUACUUCGUCUUUAAACGAGAGAUCAACCUAUGCAAAACCGUUGCCCUUUACCAAAGACGAAAUGCAUAUUAUGAAUUGUAACACGGAAUUGCUCAAUGAAUUGGAGUCAAUCACAAGGGAGUUAGCCUCGUCAAUUAAGCGGGAACUAUCUUUAGAGACCCGUCUCAAGAAUCAAACGGUCUACUCACGUUCUCCUAAUGGAGAGCCAGAGAAUUUAGAGUCGGUCGUCAUUGAAAAAUCUCGAGCCAUUGUGGACUUGCAAGAAAAGUUAAAUAAGGAAAAGAGGCUUAGAUUUAUAAGUGAAGAACACGCAUUGCUUCUGGAACAGGGUCAAUCACCAAGUGCAUUGAAAUUGGAAUAUGAGAAAACGGAGAUAUACAAUCAACUAGUAGCAAAGAAUGAUCUCGUUAACCAACUUCAAAAUCGAAUCUCAGAGUUGGAGUCACAAGAGCAAGUGGAUAUUAAUGCAAUGGAUAGCAAUUUGAUCGAAAAGAUACAGAUUCUCCAAGCAGAAAACGAAGACUUGAUAAACCAAAAUUACUCCCAAAAGGAAGAAAUCAAAAUACUAGAGGGUCAAAGAGAUGAAUUGAGAGAGGUUAUAGGAAAACUCUCCUCUCAAAAUAGCCAAGAUUCGAAAUUCCUCAACGACAAGAUCAAAGCAUUGGAAAUGAAAUGCCAGAACUUAAAAGGCAUGAAUGAUAAAUUAACCAAUAGGGAAGGGAACGGAAACUCAUCCCACGAACAAUCCUUUGGAUUUAAUAGAUUCGGCUCACGGAGUAAACUUAAUGGCUUUACAAUUGUUUCUCCUAAUGAGAGGUUUUUAGAGGACCGUUAA